AUGAGUAUCACAAGGAAUCAGAGCAGUGCAUCUGAAUUCAUCCUCCUAGGGCUCCCCAUCCAGCCAGAGGACCAAGAAAUCUUCUCUGCCCUGUUCCUGGCCAUGUACCUGACCAUGGUGUUGGGGAACCUGCUCAUCAUCCUGCUCAUCAGGCUGGACUCUCACCUCUACACCCAUGUACUUCUUCCUCAGCCACUUCCCAUGUACUUCUUCCUCAGCCACUUGACCUUCACAGACAUCUCUUUCUCAUCUGUCACAGUUCCAAAGAUGCUCAUGAAUAUGCUGACACACAGUCAGUCCAUCUCAUAUUCUGAGUGCAUUUCACAGGUAUACUUUUUCUUAAUGUUUGGGGCUAUUGAAAACUUCCUGCUGACCUCCAUGGCCUAUGACAGGUAUGUGGCCAUCUGCCACCCCCUCCAUUAUACCAGAAUCAUGAGUCAUAAUGUCUGUAUCUUGCUAGUCAUUACAUCCUGGUUCUUAUCCUUUGCUGGUGUCCUUAUUCACACCAUCCUUCUAGCUCAUCUCUCUUUCUUUAGAGGUAACAUUCUCCACCACUUCUUCUGUGAUCUCUCUGCUUUAAUUAAGCUGUCCAGCUCAGACACCUCUAUCAAUGAGCUGUUUAUUUUCAUUGUGGGAUUACUAGGCAUUACUGUGCCAUUCAUAUACGUGGUCUCUUAUGACUGCAUUGGAGACACCAUCCUGAGAACUCUGUCAAUCACGGGAAUCUGUAAAGCUUUGUCCACGUGUGGCUCUCAUCUCUCUGUGGUUUCCCUCUAUUAUGGAACCAUUAUUGGGUUAUAUUUUGUUCCCUCAUCUAACAAUACUAAUGACAAGGAUGUCAUUGCAGCUGUGCUGUACACUCUGGUUGCACCCAUGCUAAAUCCAUUUAUCUACAGUUUGAGAAAUAAAGAUAUGAAAGGAGUGCUAAGAAAUAUCAUCAUCAGGAAAAUGUAUUCAAAGUGA